UCCCGAAUUCACCGAUUGAGAUCCAGAGAAGCACGGCCGCCGAGGAAACGGGAGGUAAAUUAAACUCGGCGUUUGAUCAACUGCGCGCGUGCAUGCAUGCGUUCUUGCAUUGCUCUUGGCUACCUCGCUGCCGAUUCACCGUCGACGUGGUGGCGCAUACAUGAUGGAGAUGUCGCUGAUGGAGGCGAUGGUGAGCGGCGGCACCGGGGAGUCGAUCCUGACGUCGAUGAAGUUUGCGGUGCUGCCGAUCGCCAAGGUGUUCACAUUGUGCUUCAUGGGCUUCCUCAUGGCCACCAGGUACAUCGGCAUCCUCGACGCCAACGGCCGCAAGCUUCUCAACGGGCUAGUAUUUUCCCUACUACUUCCGUGCCUUAUAUUCACUCAGCUUGGACGAGCAAUUACAGUGCAGAAACUCUUAGACUGGUGGUACAUUCCUUUAAAUAUUGUUCUGGGGACAGUGUCUGGUUCUCUAGUAGGCCUUCUUGUGGCGUUCAUUGUACAGCCGCCACGUCCAUAUUUCAAGUUCACCGUUGUCCACAUCGCCAUAGGUAACAAUGGAAACAUGCCUCUUGUCCUCAUCGCCGCUCUCUGUCGAGACCCAUCAAACCCGUUUGGCGACCCUGAGAAAUGCAGGCAGGACGGCAACGCAUACGUCUCUUUUGGGCAAUGGGUCGGGGCGAUCAUCUUGUACAGCUACGUGUUUCGGAUGCUUGCGCCGCCGCCUGGUGAAACCUUCGAUGGAAGCAGGGUGGAGAAGCCCCCUCCCCCAGCCCUGGCUGCUGCACCUGAACAAGUUCCCCUGCUAACCUCGCGUGCGUCUGAACAAGCUCCCAAGUGCUCAAAAGCACUGCAAGUUCUGCACAUCUUUGUUCAGAAAUUUAAGCUGAAGCGAGUGUUUCAACCUCCUGUGAUUGCCUCGGCACUGGGCAUUUCCAUUGGAGCAACGCCAUCCCUCAAGCACUUGGUCCUGACUAACCACGCCCCCUUGUUCUUCUUUACUGAUGCCUGCAUCAUUCUUGGGGGGGCAAUGAUCCCAUGCAUCUUGCUCGCCCUCGGAGGCAAUCUCGUCGAUGGUCCGGGUGCGGGCAGCAAGAAGCUGGGACUGAGGACGACGGCGGCGAUCAUCAUCGGGCGGCUGGUGCUGGUCCCACCGGCGGGGAUGUGCAUGGUCGCCCUGGCGGACAGGCUGGGGUUCAUCCCGAGGGGCGACACCAUGUUCAAGUUCGUCCUCCUCCUGCAGCACUCCAUGCCCACCUCGGUGCUCUCCGGGGCCGUCGCUAAUCUGCGCGGGUGCGGGGAGGAGUCGGCGGCGGUGCUCUUCUGGAUGUACGUUUGCGCCGUCUUCUCCGUGGCCGGGUGGAUGGUGCUCUACAUCAGAAUGCUCUUCUGAGGCCUCCACCCCUUGUGUGGUUCCGUUCCCGCUUCUUCCACCAAGCAAAUGUUACUCUAUACUCCAUCUCCACUCCACUCCGACCGAUACAUCAUAUGCUGCUGUUGGUUGUUGCUUAUUGCAGUUCACACGCGCCGACGAUGGUGAUGCUAGUAGUACUAGCUGACACUGACCUCCCGGUCGCGGACAAAGUUUGCUGUCGACGCUCUCGAUUCGUGCGUCUAGGACUUGUGUCCCACAUGGCUCGCCGCCCCGGCCGGGAAGGGCUUGGCUCCUUUUGAUUUGUGUGGCGGGGACGGGAUACGGCCGCCGCUGGAAAUGCCCUGCAGCUUCACAUAAACGACAGAAAAGGAAUAUGCACCAAGCAUUCGGUCUACACUAAGAGUUAUGGAUCAGUAAAAGCUAGCACUCUUUAUGA